AUGCCUGCCUACCACCCUUCAUUUUCUUGGAGUCAAGAUAUAGGAUUCAUCUAUAUUGGAUCUAUUGCUAUCAUCAGGUUACCCAUCAUGUGGACAAUAAUAAAGAUGAGAAUAGAUCAAGAUAACACAGCAGUUGCUAUGCUCAAAAAUGUUAAACAGUAUUUCAUUGACUUUAAUGCAUUUAUUGAAGAUCAGUGUGCCUCCUGUCAAACUGAUCUCAACAUAAUCACAUGCAAUCUGAGUAUCAAGGAAAGAAAGAUAUGGGUAAUUGUAGAGAAUUAUUUGGUGUUUAGAGUAAUAUUAGCAGCUAUGCCAUUGCAGAAUCAACUAGAAGCCACCAAGCAUUGGGUGGAUCAGGUCAACACAGCAUACCCUCCAGUGGCUGCAGUUGAUGAAGCUUUAUUGUAA